AUGGGUGUCUAUACACGAGGAAAUCGACCAAUGCUCGGCUUCAUGCCGGCCGACUCGCCUUCAUACCAAGCCAAUAGGUGCCGCCUGCUGGCCAAGCUACCCGCAGAACUACGCCUCGUUAUCUAUGAGAUGGUUCUCAAGAGUACUCGCAUCAUAUCGUGGGAGUGGAACACAAGGACUUGGCGCCGAUACUUCCUGGAGCAGCCUGAGUUCCUCCACGUGUACCCACAGAUCAUGACAGAAGCCCUUCCCAUUUACGAGCGGAUCCUCCAUGCUGAACAAGUCUCAUACGAAGAGGAAGCCGAUCGGGAGAGAGCAAAGUUCACCGCUCACCACUGGUGGCACGGCCCAGGGUCUUGUCCACAUUCCAAUGGCAUGUGCAUCUGGCUAGAUGCGAAGGCACAAAGAGCUGAGACUGGUGCUGAUGAGGUGAAGCGGUUGGUGAGAAGGGAAGUGGCGUAUUGGAGAGGGAUACGAGACCGGUUGUUCUGGCGUUGA